AUGGCUCCCGAUCACAAGGCUUGCCUGAUCGUGAUUGACGGCUGGGGUAUCCCCUCCGAAACCUCGCCUCCUGAGGGCGAUGCCAUCGCCGCUGCCAACACUCCCGUCAUGGACGAGUUCUCUAAGAGCGCCACUGGUUACACCGAGCUCGAGGCCUCGUCCUUGGCCGUCGGUCUGCCUGAGGGUUUGAUGGGCAACUCCGAGGUCGGCCACCUCAAUAUCGGCGCGGGUCGCGUUGUCUGGCAAGACGUCGUCCGGAUCGACCAGUCCAUCAAGAAGGGCGAGUUCAGCAGCAAUGAUGUCAUCAAGCAGGUCAUGGAGAGUGCCAAGAGCGGCAAUGGCCGUCUGCACCUCUGCGGUCUGGUCUCCCACGGUGGUGUGCACUCCAAGCAAACUCACCUAUAUGCCCUGCUCCGCGCUGCUAAGGAGUACGGCGUCCCCAACGUCUACAUCCACUUUUUCGGCGAUGGCCGUGACACCGAUCCCAAGUCGGGCGCCGGCUACAUGGAAGAGCUCCUAGCCACCAUCCAGGAGAUCGGGGUUGGUGAGAUCGCCACCGUUGUUGGCCGCUACUACGCCAUGGACCGUGAUAAGCGCUGGGAGCGCAUCGAGAUCGCCAUGAGGGGUAUGAUCCUUGGCGAGGGUGAGGCCAGCCAGGAUCCUGUCAAGACCGUCAACGAGCGGUACGAGCAGGGUGAGACCGACGAGUUCCUUAAGCCUAUCAUUGUGGGUGGCGACGAGCGCCGCAUCAAGGACGGCGACAACGUCUUCUUCUUCAACUACCGUUCUGACCGUGUCCGUCAGAUCACCCAGCUUCUGGGCGACGUCGACCGCUCUCCCAGGCCCGACUUCCCCUAUCCCAAGAUUAACCUAGUCACCAUGACCCAGUACAAGGCUGAGUACCCCUUUGAGGUUGCCUUCAAGCCCCAGGUCAUGGAUAACGUGCUUGCCGAGUGGCUCGGCAAGCAGGGUGUUGAGCAAGUCCACGUUGCUGAGACCGAGAAGUACGCCCACGUCACCUUCUUCUUCAACGGUGGUGUUGAGAAGGUUUUCCCUCUGGAGACUCGCGACCAGUCGCAGGAUUUGGUUCCCUCGAACAAGAGCGUGCCGACCUACGACAAGGCUCCCGAGAUGAGCGCCGACGGUGUCGCCAAACAGGUCUGCAAGCGCCUGGGCGAGGGCCGCUUCCCGUUCGUCAUGAACAACUUCGCUCCCCCCGACAUGGUCGGCCACACUGGUGUUUAUGAGGCCGCCAUCCUCGGCGUCGAGGCCACUGAUAAGGCCAUCGGCAAGAUCUACGAGGCUUGCAAGGAGCACGGCUACAUCCUCUUCAUCACCGCUGACCACGGCAACGCUGAGGAGAUGAAGUUCCCUGAUGGCUCACCCAAGACCUCCCACACCACCAACAAGGUUCCUUUCAUCAUGGCCAAUGCCCCUGAAGGCUGGAGCCUCAAGAAGGAGGGCGGUGUUCUGGGAGAUGUUGCGCCGACCGUGCUGGAGGCCAUGGGCCUGCCUGUUCCCGCGGAGAUGACCGGUAAGAGCUUGCUGGUUAAGGCUUAA